AUGGCGAACAUUCCCGCCCAGAAUGGUACACCAGGAACCUUCCAACAGUCUCAAGAUCUGAGGGUGUCCUCCAGUGGGACUACAACGGCAGUUCGCAAUGAAUUUGAUAUCGAGUUUGAGGACACUUGUCCGGUAGAAAACAGCUCGAUAGUGUCUGAGCAGGGUACAAAGACAAACAACGCCCGUGGCCACCAGGGUAAGAAUGUCAAGGAUAUAUUUUCGAGCCAGAACGCGCCCUCAACAAUUGAUUCAGUGGCAGAGGCGACACAACUACAGACCAAUGAUGGUGAUGGUCGUGAAAUUGUGCAUCAUGGACCGGCUGUCGAAGUGGACGACGUCAUGCAGGAGCAGUCGCAUCAGCAGGUGUUUCCAUCGAUGGAGACCGCCAAUUAUUCAAACUUGGAACAGGUUGGAACUGAGCAAGAGUAUCCAGACCCUCCAGUGGCCACUAGUCUGGGCUUGCCUGAAGAUCACGUUGAGGCUUUUGGAAUUGGCCGCCAGAGCAGUGCAAGAAUGUCACCGCCAGUAUGUAGCAACUCAUACGCGCGGAUCUCUCAGUCGCCUUCAAUGGGCGUCUUGGAUAACACACUGAACAUCGGAGGUGAAUCUCGAGCUGAGAAUAUUCAGUCUGAGGAAACGGCUGUCGAGGAAUCUAAAGGCGAGGCCACCCCAAGCCAUGAAGAUGAAAAUGCAAUGGAUGAGGUGAACAUUACUGAAAGCCUCCGAUACAGCAGCCUUGGGGUCGAAAAUCCAAGUGCCGAUACGGGUGGGAGAGAUGAGAGACCCGAUGACAAUGAUGGGGAAGCGAAGACGCGCAGGCAUCCACCGAGGGUGAAGACAACAGCUGGAAGCACUUCAUCCAUGGCCAAUGAUGCUACUAGAGAGCAUUUGUGUCUGUCCCAGAGACCACAGGACAGCAGCAUUGCAUUCAUUGAUGGAGCACAGGAGGUCUUUGGCUGGGGAAUUCUACGUAUCCAGCCCCAUGGCCCUCGGAAUGCGUAUAUCAUAACAUUUCUCCCAGAUGUCAUUCCACCAGCGUCUACACCAUCAACAUCUGAGAUGCCUUCUGAGAAGUCGUCCGAUUUGAGUGACCAUGGCCCGGAAAUUUCCGCAAGGGCGCAAGUGGCUGGCAAUAUGCCAGGUAUACAAAAUGACAUUCCCAUUGACCCUCUAAUUCUCACUGAUAAUGGGCCCUGGGAGGCAGGAGAUCUGCGUCAACCGUCCCCGCAGAGUGAUAGUCCUACAGUUUCGGAGAUGAUAUGUCCAUAUCCAGACCCUCCACCCGUUUUCUGCAAUGCACCGGACCAGCAAGACUCCAUCUCAAAGGGGCAGGACGGUAAUCCUAGGUCAAUUAGCCCCCCUCACACCAGGGGUCAUCAGCAGUCCCCUCACUCCUAUCUCAGUACUGAAGCCGGCAUUUAUUCUUCUGAGAGCCCUCUUGAUACCUCGCACGGCGACAAAAAGUCUAAAUCUCGCAAGCGAAAGCCGCACCAAUCACAUGAACAAUCAUCCAAAUGGGUCUGA